AUGUUAGAUAUCGAUCAAUACAAAAAAAACAGUUCGAAAUUGGAUAAGCACCCAUCUGCUAUAACACAUUCGAAGAAUCAAUCAAACAAAAACUCUCUUCUUUUGAAAGUAUGGCAAUCAUUUAAUGUUUAUCUUACCUUUUGUUUAUUUACAAUCGUUACGGUCAUUGUCGGUAUACUAACAGUUUAUUAUACUGCAUCAAAAGGACAAUCUUGGACAUGUGAAUCGAUGUUUGAAACAAUAAAUCAAAUACAAACGAAUAUGGAUUCUAAUCCAAAUUUUGUGGUCAUAGGUGAUUUAAAUCAUGACAAUAAUUUGGAUCUGAUAGUAAUCACAAGCGGAUAUAAUGGAAUAACUGUCUAUCUUGGAUAUGGUAAUGCAUCUUUUGAAAAAAGCACAACAUAUUCAACAGGCUAUCGUUCUUUACCAAAAUCGAUGACGAUUGCUGAUUUUAACAAUGAUCGAAAUUUGGAUGUUGCUGUAGCAAAUUAUGGUACAAAUAAUAUUGGUAUUUUUCUUGGAUAUGGAAAUGGAAGUUUCAUGCAUCAGAAAACCUAUACAGCAGGUUCAUCUCGUCCACUUUCAAUUGUUACCGGUGAUAUGAAUAAUGAUGAUCAAUCGGACUUAAUCGUUGCUAAUUACGGUACACAUAGUAUAGGAGUAUUUCUUGGAUUUGGAGAUGGAUCAUUCGGCAAACAAAGGCUUUUUUCAACGGAUUAUGAUUCAUUUCCACAAUCAAUCUGUAUAGGUGAUUUUAAUGAUGAUCAGAAUUUGGAUAUAGCUGUUGCCAAUUAUGGUACAGACAAUGUCGGUAUUUUUUUUGGUUAUGGAAAUGGAUCAUUUGAAAAACAAAUGAGUUUUUCUACAAAUGCUCAAUCUCAUCCAUAUUCACUUGCUGUUGGUGACUUUAAUAAUGAUCAUUACUUAGAUAUCGCUGUUGCUAAUUAUGGUACAAACAAUAUUGGAUUACUUUUUGGAUAUGGAAAUGGAACAUUUUCAAAACAAAAAACAUUUUCAACAGGCACAAAUUCUGGUUCAUUCUCUAUUGUUACUAUUGAUUUGAAUAAUGAUAAUAUAUUGGAUAUCGUUAUUAAUAAUUAUAAACAAAAUAGUAUAAGUGUAUUUCUUGGUGAUAUUAGUGGAAACUUUUCAAAUCAAAUGACAUAUCCAACUAAAACAGGACCAUGUUCAUUGGCACUUGCUGAUUUUAAUAACGAUAAUCGAUUAGAUCUUAUUGUAGUUACAAAUGGUACUGGGUUUUUAAACAUAUUUCUUGGAUAUUAUCCUGUUGCUUUUCAAACGAAAUAUUUUUCUGUAUCCUCACGACUGUUCAAUCCAACUGUUGUAAUUUCUGCUGAUCUUAAUAAUGACAAUAAAUCUGAUAUUGUCAUCGGUAAUUCUCUAGAAUUUGAAAUACUUAUCUAUCUCGGAUAUGGUAACGGAACAUUCGGACUGAAAGCGAAAUAUUUUGCAGGGAUGGGAUCUCUUUCUUAUUCAAUUGCUGUUGGUGAUUUAAAUCACGACAAUUAUCAAGAUAUUGUUGUUGCUAAUUCUCUUGCGUCUAAUAUAGUCAUAUUUCUUGGAUUUGGUGAUGGAACAUUUACAAUCUCUAAUAAUUAUACAACUGGCAUUGGUUCAGUACCGUAUUCUGUCGUACUUACUGAUUUAAAUAAUGACAAUCGAUUAGAUAUUAUUGUUUCCAAUUCUAAUCUUGAUAACAUAGGUAUUUUCUUUGCUCUCGGGAACGGAACAUUUGGAGAUCAAAAGACAUACUCCACUGGGAAUGGCACUCGUCCACAAGCUGUAAUUGUCGAUGAUUUUAAUAAUGAUAAUAUACUAGAUAUUGUUGUUGCUAACUAUGCUUCUAGCAGUUUGGGCAUUUUCCUUGGUUUAGGAAAUGGAACUUAUCUAGCACAAAGAAAAUAUACAACUGGAAUUAAUCCAAAUUCUAUUGCAUCUGGUUAUUUUAAUAAUGAUGCUUGGAAAGAUAUUGUCGUUGCUUGUCCCUAUGAUCGGAUUGUUCAAAUAUUUUUUGGACAAAAGGAUGGAUCUUUUGUGAGUAAAUCGAUCUAUGAAGUUCCACCAUUAACGUACGAUAAGCCGCAAUAUAUUGUUACUGGAGACUUUAAUAAUGACAAAGCACUUGACGUAGCGUUUACUACUCUUGCUGGCCUUGUCUAUGUAAUUAUUGGAAACAAUAAUGGAUCUUUUCAACAGAAUCCAAAACCGGUAUCUAAAGUAAGCAAAGCGCCAACUACAAUGCCGUUCACUACUGAUGAUUUCAAUAAUGAUAAUCUUUUGGAUCUUGUUGUUGUAAGUUAUUCUAGUUUUCAAAUCGGUGUAGUUCUUUCACAUGAUUAUGGAUAUUUUACUAAUUAUGAAUUGUAUUCAACUGGUUCGGCUACUUCGCCAUUUUCCCUUCUUACAAAUGAUUUCAAUAACGAUACUUAUUUGGAUAUUGCUGUAGCUAAUUCCGGAUCUGAUAAUAUUGAAAUUUUGUUUGGAGAUGGUAAUGUAACUUUCAGAAAUAAGACAACUUAUUCAACAGGAUCUGGAUCUCAACCACAUUCAGUAAUAACUGACGAUUUUAACAAUGAUAAACAAAUGGAUAUUGUUGUUGUCAAUUCAGGCAGCGAUAAUAUUUGCAUUCUCUUCGGUUAUGCUAAUGGAUCAUUUGGUAAUCAAAAGACAUUUUCAACGGGUUCUUAUUCUAAUCCACAAUCUACUGCUGCUGGUGAUUUCAACUAUGAUAAUUGGUUAGAUUUAGUAGUUGCUAAUAGUGGUACAGAUAAUAUUGCACUUUUUCUUACGUAUGAUUCAGCACCUUUCUUGAACGAAAAUAUUUAUACAUCGAUGUUUAAUCUAACACCAAAUUCAGUAGCUAUGAGUGAUUUUAAUAAAGAUAAUCAACUCGAUAUUGUUACUGCGAAUUAUCAAGACAAUAUAGGAAUAUUUUUCGGCUAUGGAAAUGGAAGUUUUUCACAUCCCGUAAUCUAUUCGACGGGUUUUGAUUCAAAUCCGCAAUUUGUAGGUGUUGCAGAUUUGAAUAAUGAUAACCAAGUAGAUAUCAUAGUGGCUAAUACUUUUACCAAUAAUAUUGGAAUCUUUUUUGGAUAUAAAAAUGGAACUUUUUCGAAUCAAACAAGUUAUUCGACUGAUGAAUGUAUUGGUCCCUUUUCAUUUGUUGUCAAUGACUUUAAUAAUGAUACUCGAUUAGAUAUUAGUGUACUUACUUAUACUACGGGUUGUAUUUAUACUUUCUUUGGAAAUGGUGAUGGAACAUUUCCUACUUCGAAUUAUAUAUCAAUUGAUUCUCAAUCAAAAUCGAUUUCUUCUGGAGAUUUCAAUAAUGAUCAUUAUUUAGAUUUUGUUAUUGCUAAUUUUAAUAAAGGGACCAUUGAUUUAUAUUUUGGAUAUGGUAAUGGAACAUUCACGAAAAGAGACAAUGGCUAUGAUGUUAACGAUAACCCACGUUACAUCGCUGUUGGAGACUUAAAUAACGAUACUUGGCUAGACGUUGCCUUCGCUGCAGGUAGUUAUAUUACAAAUCAUGUAGGUAUAUUAUUUGGAUCUGCUUUUGGAAAUCUAUCUUCUCUACAGAGAUAUUAUACUGGCUCAGACUCAGAAGUCUAUUCUGUCAUUAUUGUUGACCUUAAUAACGACAAUCGACUAGAUAUAGUCUUUAGUACAGUUGGUAGAAGAAGCGUUACAGUCUGGCCACUUCCCUCUUUACUUGGAUACAAUAGUAUAGGCAUAUUUGUUGGAAAAGGAGAUGGAAGUUUUCUAGAUCAAACGAUGUACUCAACGGGUUCUUUUUCUGGUCCAUUUUCAGCUGUUGUUGGAGAUUUUAAUAAUGAUAAACGACUAGAUGUAGUAGUCACUGACUUUAUACAGAAAAAUAUAUGCAUACUUUUCGGAUAUCAAUAUGUCACUUUCGAAGCGAUGGCAACUUAUUCAACUGGGGAGAAUUCUACUCCACGAUCUGUUACUGUUGCAAAUCUUAAUAAUGAUAAACUAUUAGAUAUUGUUGUAGCAAAUUCUGCUAUUGAUAACAUCUGUUUAUUUUAUGGAUAUAGAAAUGGAUCAUUUAUCAAAGGUGAAGUCUAUUCAACUGGUUCCAAUUCAAAACCAUAUUCGGUAGCCAUCGGUGAUUUUAAUGAUGAUAAUCAAUCAGAUAUUGUGGUUGCUAAUUAUAAUUCAGACAAUAUCAUGAUUUUUGUUAGACAAUUGGAUGGAACAUUUGUAGUUAGUGGCAUCUAUUCUACUGGUGAUAGUUCAGCUCCAUAUUCGAUCAUUGUUGCCUAUUUAAAUGAAGAUAAAUGGUUGGAUAUUGCUGUUGCUAAUUAUGGUGCAAAUUAUGUUGUAGUUUUUCUUGGACAAGUCAACGGAACUUUCAUUAAUAAAAAAUACAGUUUAGAUUUUGGCUCACGUCCAACUUCUAUCAUCGUGGGUGAUUUCAAUCGUGAUACAUUGUUAGACAUUGCUACUACUAACUAUGGAACAAGCAGUAUAGGAUUUCUUAUGCGAGUUUGUUGA